AUGCCCAACAGCAGCUCCAUCAGCGAGUUCCUCCUCCUGGCGUUGGCAGACACGCGGCAGCUGCAGCUCCUGCACUUCUGGCUCUUGCUGGGCAUCUACCUGGCUGCCCUCCUGGGCAACGGCCUCAUCAGCACAGCCGUAGCCUGCGACCACCGCCUGCACACCCCCAUGUACUUCUUCCUCCUCAACCUCGCCCUCCUCGACCUGGGCUGCAUCUCCACCACUCUCCCCAAAGCCAUGGCCAACGCCCUCUGGCACACCAGGGCCAUCUCCUACGCAGGAUGUGCUGCACAGGUCUUUUUCUUUCUCUUCUUCAUCAGUGCGGAAUACUCCCUUCUCACCAUCAUGUCCUAUGACCACUACGUUGCCAUCUGCAAGCCCCUGCACUACGGGACCCUUCUGGGCAGCAGAGCUUGUGCCACCAUGGCAGCAGCUGCCUGGAGUACUGGAGUCCUUAAUUCCCUGCUGCACACUGCCAAUACGUUUUCCCUGCCUCUGUGCCAAAGCAAUGCCAUCAAUCAGUUCUUCUGUGAAAUCCCCCAGAUCCUCAAGCUCUCCUGCUCAGAAUCUUAUCUCAGGGAAGUUGGGCUACUCCUUUUUAGUGUCUGUUUAGCCUGUGGGUGUUUUGUUUUCAUUGUUGUGUCCUAUGUGCAGAUCUUCAGGGCCGUGCUGAGGAUGCCCUCUGAGCAGGGACGGCACAAAGCCUUCUCCACGUGCCUCCCUCACCUGGCCGUGGUCUCCCUGUUUCUCAGCACUGGCUUUUUUGCCAAUCUAAGGCCCCCCUCUCUUUCCUCCCCAUCCUUGGAUCUGAUGAUGGCUUUUCUGUACUCAAUGGUUCCUCCAACACUGAAUCCGCUCAUCUACAGCAUGAGGAACCAGGAGCUCAGGGAUGCAGUGAGGAAAAUGAUGCCCUGGUCACAUUUCAGCAGGGAUAAACUUCUCAUCUGUCUCUGCAAAUGACUCACAGUCUGUCCCAUAACAGCCCUGUAUUGCGUUUUUUACUCUUAAUAAUUUUUCUUUAUUUAUGUUAAUAGAUACGUUUUAGUUUUCUAUUCAUAUACAUGUGCA